AUGGCGACUGCAGCAGAGGUACACACAGCCACAAUCAUGGGACAGAAUGCUGACCUGACUGUUGUUCAGAAGUCAGUUAUUUGCACCCUCAACAAGGAGGCAUCAACAAUCAGGAUUGUGCUACUGGGAAAAAGCAAGGCCAAACAGACAAAACUUGGUAACAUCAUCAUCAGAGACCAAGUUGUUUAUCAACAAAAACGUCAGACCAAACACUCAGAGGCCCACAGUGGGGACUGGAGAGGAAACCCAGUAACAGUCGUGAAAACUUCAGACGUGUUCAGUCUGUCUGUGGAGGCUGUGAGAAGAGAGGUGAAGAGCUGUGUGAGUCUUUGUCCUCCUGGACCAAAUGUUCUGCUGCUGUUAGUGAAACCUUCUGAUUUCACUGAAGAGAACAGACAAGCACUGAAGUUCAUCCUGAGUUUGUUUGGUCAAGAUGUUUUUAAACACUCAAUGGUCAUCAUGACACACAGAGAGGAUAUACAGAGCCCUGUAAAGAAGCUGAUUGAAAACUGUGGAGGAAGAUGCAUCUAUAUGCUUGAAGAUAAUCAUGAUCUUAUGAAGAAGAUUGAAAACAUUGUAUGUGAGAAGGAGGGAAACUUCCUCACCUUCACUGAAGAGUCCACAAGACCAAAGUCUGAACUCAACAAACCAGCUUUAAACCUGGUUCUGUGUGGGAGAGAGGGAUCCGGAAAGACUUCAGCAGCAAAGGUCAUUUUAGGUCAGACAGGUCUUAAUCCAGUCUCCAGCUCAUCAGAGUGUGUUAAAUAUCAGGGAGAGGUUUGUGGACGUUGGGUUUCCCUGGUGGAGCUUCCUGCCUUGUAUGAAAAACCUCUGGAGGAAGCGAUGGAGGAGUCACUCAGAUCUGUCUCACUCUGUGAUCCUGAAGGUGUCCACGCCUUCAUCCUGGUCCUACCUGUGGGUCCACUCACUGAUGAGGACAAGGGAGAGUUAGAGGCCAUCCAGAACACAUUUGGGUCUAAAGUCAAUGAUUUCACUAUGAUCCUGUUCAUGUCAGAGUCAGAUCCCAAAGAUCCAGCUGUAGUUAACUUUGUAGAAAAAAGCAAGGAAAUCACAGAAAUCAUUCAGAGCUUUGGAGGGAGAUCUUUUGUUCUCAACAUCAAGGACAACCAGCAGAUCCCAGAGCUGUUGCAGAUGCUGGAAAAGAUGACGACUGGAGAAUCCAGAUGCUUCACCAAAGACACAUUCACUCAGUCUCAGAUGGAGAAAAUUGUCCGACUUCAAACUGAGCUGCAGGAUGUGAAACAGAGGAGGGUGAGGGAAGCUGAUAAUGACACCCAGAGCAGAGAAUGUCUCAGGAUAGUUCUGAUUGGAAGGACUGGCAGUGGAAAAAGUGCGACAGGAAACAACAUUUUGGGAAAAGAUUGUUUUUACUCUGAUUCCAGCUCAAAGUCUGUGACCAAGGCUUGUGAAAAAGCAACUGGAGAGAUUGAUGGUCAGCCUGUGGUUGUGGUUGACACCCCCGAUUUGUUUGACACAGCUCUGUCUGAUGAGGAUGUUCAGCAGGAGCUUGGGAAAUGCAUCAGCAUGCUGGCUCCUGGACCUCAUGUGUUCCUGCUAGUGCUGCAGAUCGGCCGCUUCACUAAGGAGGAAAAAGACUCAGUGGAACUGAUCCAAAAAUAUUUUGGAAAGCAUGCAGCAGAUUUCAUCCUUGUUGUAUUCACCAGAGGUGAUGAUCUCCGUCAGUCAACUGAGAGUUACUUAGAGGACUCUGAUGACGUAUUGAAAAAACUGAUCCACGACUGUGGAGGAAGAUACCAGGUCUUCAAUAACAAGAACCAGACAGACCGCACACAAGUCAGAGAGUUACUGACUAAAGCAAACAAAAUGCUUGAAGACAAUGGCGGCAGCUUCUACACAUCUGAUAUGUUCCAAGAGGCUGAGGCGGCGAUAGAGGAAGAAGUGGAGAGGAUCCUGGAAGAAAAAGAAGAAGAAAUGCAGAGACAGAAAGAGGAGCUUCAGAGAAAACAUGAAGAAGAAAUGGAAGAAAUGAAGAAAAGAAUGGAGAAACAGAGGAAAGAAAGUGAACAGCAGAGAGAGAAACAACUCAGAGAAAUGGAGGGAAAAAUCAACAAGGAGCGAGAAAAGAGGAAGAAAGAGCAGGAAAAGAGAGAAGAGGAGGACAGGAAGAGAAAAAGGCAGGAUGAACUUAAACAGAAAGAGUGGGAGGACAAACUUGAAAACCUGGAGAGAAAAAUAAAGUUAGAAUCAGAGGAAAAAGAAACCAUUGAUAAAAAGUGGGAACAGAGCAGAAAAGAGCUGAGAAAACAGCAAGAGGACUGGGAGAGGGAAAGAACUGAAUGGUGGAGACAGAGAAGGCUUGAAAAUGAGAAAAUACGACAUGAAGAACAGUUAAAAAUUAAAAAGCUUCAAGAGGAGUAUGAUCAGGAAAGAGAAAAAGUUGAGAAAAAGAGAAGAGAGGACGACCAAAGACGAAGAGAACAGGAGGAGAAGGAGAGAAGAGAACUAGAGGAAAACUAUAAGAAAAAAAUGGAGGACAUGAAGAAGAGGAAUGAAGAGGAGGCCAGAAAACAAGCUGAAGAAUUCAAUGAGUUCAGAAAAAAUUACGACAAAGACUAUAAUGAACUAGAAGAGAAACGCAUGAAGGAAAUGCGUAAAUUGAAGAAAAAGCAUGAGAGACAACUGUAUGAGGAAGAGAGGAGACAUAAGAAACAGUACAGGCUGUUACAAGAAGAAAGAGAGGAUCUGAGGAAAAAGCAUGAGCAAGAAAUGAAAGAAAAGGAGGAUCUGAAGCAAAAGCAUGAGCAAGAUAUAAAAGAAAAGGAGGACCUGAGGAAAAAGCUGUGGAGGUAUCAUGUUUUGCAUAUAAGUAUAUUACUAAUAUACUCACUUAUUUAUAUAUAUACUACUACAGAGCUGUCCUUGGGUAACCUCUGAUCAAGUUAGGUUUUGUUAGGUUUUGAGAAAGGAUGUUGUGGAUGUCCAAAGAGGGCAGUGUUUACUGACCAGUAUGAGUGUUUAGUGUGAUAAGUGGGGCCAAAACAAUAUCUGGACUCCUAACUGUUCAGUUUCAGGAGACUACGAUGGAAUAACAGGAAAUGUUUUGUAAGAGACAAGCUGAAGAAAAAGCAUGAUGAAGGACUUAAAGAAAAAGAGGAUCUGAAGAAAAAGCGUGAGCAAGAAAUAAAUGAACUUAGAAAAAAUACCAAAAAAUGUAUCAUCCUCUGAUCUCUUCAACUCUUGAUCAUUUAAAGACAGAAGAAGAUGUUUCUUAAUGAUUUAAUGAUAAUAGUCAUAUAGGAUGUUAAGAUGCUUAAAGUGUUGAAUGAGGCCACAAAAUGACUUUGACAUCGAUAAAAACAGUGUCUCUGUCCUUGCAAAUACAUUUUCCUCCAAACAUUCAUGGGAGACAAAGUUACAACAACUAAGCUAAUCUUCAGUUAUGUGACUGAUGUGGAAGCCUGGAGGGCAAAAAGAGUUGAGGAAAGUGGCAGCUUUCAUUGAAUUCUCCAUGAAGCUGCUGAAGGGCUUUUUAAAAAAUUCUAUCUCUUCAAAACAACAUGUUUACACUUAAUGUCAACAUUAGAAAAGAAGAUAUUAAGAUAAACUAUUUUUGGACACUUGUGACCCUCAUACAGCACCCUGGACAUUAAUGCUAUUGCUAUAAACAGUAAUGCACCCACCAGACCUUCACAACAGUGAAGUUUUUACUAAUAUUUAGUGGAGAAUCCUUUCUCUAACACUGUUAACAGGAUGAAAACCUACAAAAGUAAAGACUGCUUUUUGUAUUUUCAGUGUUGCUGGGUUGCAAUACUGCAGUUUGGGAAGUGAAGAGCAAAUAAUUCAUAAUCAUUAAAAAAAUAAUGUUUAUUAACUGGCAUUGAUAGUUAUUGUUGGUUGAAAACCAUUUUAGGAUCUUGUUGGCUAUGAGGUUGUCAAACUAUUUGAAUGUUUUUUUGUUUGUUUGUUUGCAGCAAAGUAUUUCUAAACACUUUUAAAUCAGUAUCAUUAGUUUAAUAUUUUCUGUUUGCAUGUUUGAAUAUUCAGUGAUCAAACCAAAACAUACUAUUGGGCUUGUUGCCACA